ACCCUGACAUCUACUGAACAUUUCCUGCCGACCGACUCAUCAAUUGAUUGAUUGACCUGGACAACAUCUACAAUCAUGUGCCCGACUCCCGAUCAAGCUCCGGCCGCGAACGGCCAUGCCAACGGCGCGAAUGGCUCGAACGGCUCCGCCAACUCCCACCCUGGAUUCACGGCCAUUCCUACCAAGCAAACGCACUCCAGCCCCUACCAGCCUGUAGGCGACUUCCUCAGCAAUGUUUCUAGGUUCAAGAUCAUCGAGUCCACCCUGCGCGAGGGCGAGCAGUUCGCCAACGCCUUCUUCGACACAGAGACCAAGAUCAAGAUUGCCAAGGCCCUCGACGACUUUGGAGUCGACUACAUCGAGUUGACAUCCCCCGCGUCCAGUGAGCAGUCGCGUAAGGACUGCGAGACGAUCUGCAAGCUCGGCCUCAAGGCUAAGAUCCUCACUCACGUUCGCUGCCACAUGGAUGAUGCCCGUCUGGCCGUUGAGACUGGUGUUGAUGGCCUUGACGUCGUUAUCGGAACAUCUUCAUAUCUUCGGGAGCACUCGCACGGCAAGGACAUGACGUACAUCAUCAACACGGCCAUUGAGGUCAUUGAGUUCGUCAAAUCGAAGGGCCUUGAGGUUCGCUUUUCCAGCGAAGACUCCUUCCGCUCCAACCUCGUCGACCUUCUCUCCGUGUACAGCGCCGUCGACAAGGUUGGCGUCACGCGUGUCGGUAUCGCAGACACAGUUGGCUGCGCAUCCCCCAGACAGGUCUAUGACCUGGUCAGGACUCUUCGUGGCGUUGUCAAGUGCGACAUUGAGACCCAUUUCCACGAUGACACUGGCUGUGCCGUUGCCAACGCCUACUGCGCUCUCGAGGCCGGUGCUACACACGUUGAUACUUCCGUUCUUGGUAUGUCCAUGCCUGCCAUGGCAAAGGCUCUGCAGUGUCUUAGAAUCGGUGAGCGCAACGGUAUCACCACUCUCGGUGGUCUGAUGGCGAGGAUGGUUGUCGCCGAUCGCGAAUAUGUUACCAGCAAGUACAAACUCCACAAGCUCAAGGAUCUUGAGAACCUCGUGGCCGACGCUGUCCAAAUUAACAUCUCGUUCAACAACCCCAUCACCGGAUUCUGUGCGUUCACCCACAAGGCCGGUAUUCUCGCUAAGGCUAUCCUGAACAACCCCAGCACCUACGAGGUCCUGAACCCUUCCGAUUUCGGCCUGUUUCGCUGUCAAGGAGUGUACCAAGAAGUCAAAGCCAUGGCCGACAGGAGAAGCCUCUGCUUCCCCGAUCUGACCUCUGAAGAGCAUGCCAAGUUUGUGCAGGCCGAAAAGGAGAUCGCCGCUGAGCCUGAGAAGAGAUCACUGGAUACCACUGAGGAAACGAAUGGCAGCGCUGCCAAGAAGGUCAAGGUCUAA